UUACAAGUGUCUGUCGACCACUUAAACAGACCAAAAGACGACAGGAGACAGACAGACGAACAGAAAGACAGAGAGUUGAUGCUGACUUCUUUUCUUCUUAACGUCACUUAUUGUUCAGUCGUCUAUUUCCUGCUGCUCCAAACUUCUCUCUCUCUCUCCACCCGUCUCUCCAACCCUCCAGUCGUCCGUCAGCCUGCAGACUGUAAUUCACUGUAGAACCACUGCUGCAACACUCCUGUCGAGUUAUGAAGAGUUAUCAUAAGGAUACUACAAAUAUACUACAGUGUUUUAUGGAGGACUGACACGCCAGAAUGUGCAGUGAAAUGACUGAGGUUCAUUUUGAUGGAACUGAACCUCAAAUCCUGAAAACACAAGACAUCUGUUUUUAUUAUUAUUAAUAUUGUCAUUAUUAUUAUUAUUAAUAUUACGUGAACGCCUGUGUUGGACUGUAACACUGGAGGAGGAGCUAAAAACAUGAACAAUUACUUUUAGAAAACAUUUUUAAAUGUUUAAAUUUGCAACCAAAAAUAUCAAAACGACUUCAAAUUAAAGAAAUCAUAUUCAGACUGAAGAGAUGGGAUUCGCUGAUCUGCUGGAGGAGGUGGGCGGGUUCGGUAGGUACCAGUGGCUCCAUGUGACUCUGAUCAGUUUACCUGGUUUGUUGAUGGCGAGUCAGAACCUGCUGAACAACUUCGUCUCAGGAAUCCCCGCCCACCACUGCAGCCUGCCGGCCAAUUACAGCCUCUACAAUCUAUCACACUACCAGGUGGAUGAGAAGCAGCUGCUGAAAGCUUUCAUCCCUCUGGCCUCUUCAGGAAAUAGACUAGACCGCUGCAGAAGGUAUGUGGAGCCUCAGUGGCAGCUGUUAGCCGCUAACAGCUCAGCUAAUGUUAGCCAGUUACAGACAGAAGGAUGUUUGGACGGAUGGACAUUCGACCGCACUGAGUUCCUCUCCACCACUGUCUCUGAGUGGGAGCUAGUGUGUUCUCUGCGUCCUCUGAAACAGAUGAUUCAAACCAUCUAUAUGGGCGGAGUUUUAACAGGAGCCAUCGUCUUCGGCGGCCUGUCAGACAGGUUUGGGAGGCGGUCUGUUCUUAUUUGGUCAUACCUGCAGCUGGGCGUGCUUGGUUGUAGCUCCGCCCUCUCUCCUUCAUACUCCGCCUACUGCGUUUUUAGGUUUCUGAGUGGGAUGGCGGUGUCUGGAGUCAUCCUGAACGGAGUCUCACUGAAGGUAGAGUGGAUCCCAACAAAAGAGAGGACGUUAGUGGGCACGCUCACCUCUUUCUUCUUCACCUUUGGUCAGAUGAUCCUGGCGGGGCUCGCAUAUUGGCUGAGAGACUGGAGGAAGCUGCAGGUGGUUUCCUGUGCCCCCCUGUUCCUGUUCUUCACCUACAGUUGGUGGUUCUCUGAGUCGGCCCGUUGGUUGGUUCUGAACCGUCGGUCUGAGGAGGCGUUAAAGAGUCUUCACCGAGUCGCUCGAAUCAAUGGAAAAUCAGAGAUAAUCGACAAGUUAACACUAGAGGUUCUGCACUCUCACAUGAAUAAGGAGAUUGAGUCGAGUCGUUCGUCAUUCACAGCAUACGACCUGCUGAGGACCAGAGAGAUGAGACGUAUCUCCAUCUGUCUGAUGGCUGUCUGGUUCUCCACCAGUUUUGCGUACUACGGUUUGGCAAUGGAUCUGCAGAAGUUCGGGGUGGAUAUCUACCUGAUGCAGAUCAUCUUUGGAGCCGUUGAUUUUCCCGCCAAACUGUUGGCUCUGGGUAUGCUCAGUUACCUGGGGAGGAGGGUGUCUCAGGCGACCUGUCUCUUCCUGUCGGCCGUCAUCAUCUUCGCCAACAUCUUUGUCCCCACAGACAUGCAGACCAUCAGGACCACGUUGGCAUGUGUCGGUAAAGGUUUCACCUCGGCCUCCUUCACCACCGUCUAUCUGUACACCGGAGAGCUCUACCCCACCGUCAUCAGGCAGACAGGAAUGGGCUUCGUCUCCACCAUGGCAAGAGUCGGCAGCAUGGCGGCCCCCGCUGUCCUCAUCCUGGACGAGGUACUCCCUGCUCUGCCCAGUGUGGUGUAUGGGGGGGCGGCAGUGUUGGCUGGUUGCUUCGCCUGCUUCCUGCCGGAGACGCUGAACAUGCCACUGCCCGACACCAUCGAGGACGUUGAGGAAAAAUGGUCUGAAGCAAGCCCCGCCCCCCAACAGCAAGAAGGUGUGUCCUUGAAAGAAGGCGGGACAUUUGACUGUGGGGGUGUGGUCUCAACUGAAGGUGUGUCUUUAAAAGAGCUGAAGGAAGCAGAAGGGACAGGACUUAACGCCCUCUGACCAAUCAGACGGCGCCAGUCAGAGCCACUGACAGCUGGACUGAACCUCGACCCAUCAGACUGCUGGAGUCAAAAACGACAAAAAAAAUUUACCAAUGAGAAUCAAAGAAAGAUUCAGUCUAAAGGUUUUUGUGUUUCUGUGAAAAUUAAUUUUACUCAGAAUCAUGACACAUUUACAACAUUUAAAUAUAUUUAAAAUUAGUUCAAAUCAAUAAACUCAGAUGUUUGAUUAUAGAAUUAUUGAUUAGAUGUAAAUGAAGCUACAGCAGUCAGAACAGGAAGUGAAAACACAGCAGUGAUGUGUUAUAAUGUCUGAAACAUUUUGCAGUUCUGUCAUUAAUGAUGAUAAAUCAAUACACUCUAACACACUAAUAAAACUGUGAUUAAUAUCA